AUGCGGCAACCAGGGCCUCGAGCUAAGGGCAAAGUGGCAUUUAGCAGUUACAUCUUGCUACCUGCUGGCAAUUCUCCGGAGCUAGCUGUGUCAGUUACAGACUGUGACAGAGAGGUGCAUAGAGAACGUUUUGGAGACGCGGCUGAUGGUGCAGGUUUUUCUCAUUUGGAUUGCUUGUCAAGCCCUGGAAUUGAAACUGGAUACGAUCGUUGUCAGCCAACUGAAUUUGAUGUUGAGUUCACUGGUGAUGAUGUAUUUGGUGCUGAGAGUGAGAAAAACGGUGAUGAGUGCGAUUUGGGUAUUCAUGACUUGUCGGAGGCAGUCCAUGAUUCUAGCACUUUCUUUUCCCAGGGCGCUGAACCUGAGUUGCAGACGGACAGGCUUGGUGACGCGGUUGAACCCUCAGCGCAUACUACAGCUGGUUUUGGAUUGACUUGUGGACCGGAGUGGUGUGCAAAGACUCUUUCUGCAGAUGAACCCAAGUUUUUCUGGGAGGUUGACCCAUUCUUGAGGACGGUGUUUUGCAAGGAUGAUUCAGCAGGUCCUUCACUCAAGAGGCCUGAGCCUCCCAUUGAUCUGACUCUUGGAGGUGCUGACACAGUCUGGGACGUGUUGCGACGGCCAAAGCGUGUUGCAUCAACUGGUAUUUGUGCUGAUGUUAUUAAACAUGUUGAGAUCCACGAUGAGAAGGACAAACGUGUGAGCAUCAUUUCAAACUGGACUAGCUUGGUCUGCAUCAACCUUGAUGCUUUUACACUCAGUGAGACGUUGUUGGCAUCCAGCUCCAGGAUCACUCAUGCUGACGUUGAAAUGAGCUUGACAGCAUGUUUCUCCAGGAAAGCUACGAGCACAUUGAGCAAGAGGUUCUAUGCGCUGAACAAAUUUGUGAAUCACUGCUGCAGAAACGCAUUGCAGUUUUUUCCAGUGAGGGAGCACGUGGUCUUCACAUAUUUGCAACACUUGGUUGAGUGCGGGAAUUCAGCGCCUUCAGCAGGGCGUUCUUUGCUUGAAGCCAUUCGUUUUGCUGGAGGGGUCAUUGGCUUAAAGGGAGACUUGGCAUCUCUGGGCAGCUCUCGAGUCGAUGGACUGGCUGUCGAAUUAGCCAAGCGGGCAGGCCCAAUAAGGCAGGCCGAACCUCUUACUGUUCAGCAGGUGAUUGCUUUGGAGCGGCUGGUGGCCUCCUCAGAUGACUUGAAAGAUCGCAUCGUUUUUGGUGUCAUGCUGGUCCUGCUGUAUUCUUGUGGGCGUUUUUCAGAUGGACAGCGUGCAAUCAACAUGAUAGUGGACGCCGAGAUUGCAUCCCUGGACAUGUCUGCAUUUGGUGGACAGGGCUAUCUGGAGUUGCAGGUUUUGGGACACAAGGGUGCGAGGUUCAAUUCAGCGGGUGAACCGUUGAACUUAGAGCUCACGUCAGCUGAGUGCAGCAUGUUACUGCGAAGGGCGUUGAAACUGGAUGGAGAAGAGUCUGUGACGAUACGGUCACACAGCUUGAAGGUCACUGCCUUGAGUUGGUGCUGCAAGCAUGGCUUGGACCUGGGCACGCGCAGACUCCUUGGUCAUCACCUGGACCCAGGAUCGAGAUCAGCAGAGACGUAUGGGCGUGACUCCAUGGCUCCUGCAGUACGCUCAUUUGAGACAGUUUUGGAUGACAUCAAGAAAGGCCUUUUUCGACCCGACGAGAGCAGAUCAGGCCGCUUUGUUCGGGUUGGUGAAGCCUCAAUUCCAAAUGCACAACCCUCUGAGGAAGACACUGCUGAAGACACAGACAGUGACUAUGAACCUAGCAGCAGCGAGUCCGAUGAGAGUGAAGAAUUCUUUGGGGCACCGUCUGAUUCAAGCCUGCUGUGGCACCUUGUCAUGCCACACCUGCGACCUGGGUUCAUUGAGGUGCCUGAAGGGAUUUUGGUGUACAGGAACGUCGCAUCUGGAGUCCAGCACUUAAAGAAACCAGGAAGUUUGAAGUUGCUGUGCGGAAGCUGUUUCAGUUUGCUAACAAUCACUUGGUUCAUGUUACCGACACGUCUGAUGUCAUGCGCUCAACACGAGUUGGCUGCGGCGGAGCGUCAAUGGGACGUAGGUCCUACAAUUGAGUCAAUUCUUCGAGCAGACAAAGAGCUUUGGACACGAGUGGCGGACAAAGUGCGGUCCAAUUUGCGCCCUGACAAAGAUGACAAGCUCCCUGUGGAUUUGGCGCUGAUGGAGCUUUACAACUCAGCGCCUGUGGUUUUUCAUUUGCUGCCUCUUCCUGGUGCUGGAGGAACAUCGGCCCCAGUCAAGCGGAAGAACCCUGAUGAUGAGCGAGUGCGGUUAGCCAACAGGUUGUACCGCUUGACCAAACGCUUCAUCAAACAACUGCAGCUUGCUGGGAUUGGCUGGUCAGUCGAAAACCCUGCGGGCAGCCUAACGUGGGUGACUGACCCCUUUGUUGAGUUGAUGCAAGAGUUCGGCAGUGGCAUUUUGGGGGUGGUUUUUCACACCUGCAUGUUUGGAGCGCCUAGGAAAAAGCAGACGGCUCUUUGGACUAACAUCCCUGAGCUUUGUCACCUAGCCAGAGAAUGCUCUGGCGACCAUCAGCGGCAUGCGGCCUGGGGCCUGACUCAGACCGGGUGCUUUGCCACGGCAGAUGAGUGUGCGUACAACUCCGAACUCUGCGCACACUGGGCGGCAGCCAUUGAACAGUUUGCACUACGCAAACAACUGUCUCCAGCACCUGAAACGCUGGGCGAUGUGCAGACAGAACACCUUCAGGUCAAGGACAAAGCAAACAGAGCCUAUGACUGCUUGGCACAUGCCAAGCCUGGUUCGCGGUUGCCGGACAACCAUGUUUUUCCUAAGGGCGCACGCCUCUUGAGUGUUUGGAAUGAACAAAAGGGGGAGGCACAAUGUCUUAUGGCGCGUGUUGGGAUUCCUGUGGAGCCUCUGGUCUAUGUUGCGAAAGCUGUCACCUUGGUACACCCAGACUUGCAACGUGUCAGAUUGCCGCGUAACUUGGAGGUGGCUAUACAGCUUUGCGGUCCGGGGAAAUCCUUGGAACUCAGAAAGGCCCGAAUAUCUUGGACCAAGGGUGUACUUGGUUUGAUUGAGCAGUGCAGGCAGGUUGAGGCUCAGAUGGUGCGUGAAAGGCCCCAACAUUUGCAGACAGUUUUGCAUGGCAAGCGUUUUGGUUUGCUCCAUGAGUUGUUGACGGCCAUAGGAUACAAGGAUGCUUCAGUGGCUUUGGAGGCUAGCACAGGCUUCCCUUUGGUUGGAUGGAUGAAAUGCUCGGGUGUCUUUGCGGCGAACCUACGCCCACCCGCUUUGCAUGUUUCUGCUUUUGAAGCUAUGGCGGCGGCCCACUCUGCCAGAACUGUUGCUAGUGUGGGCCCAAGCCCGGACACAGAGCUGGACGAGCAAGUGUGGACAGCUACCCUUGCGGAAGUUGAGGUCGGCAAUACAGAGAAGAGGAAGUCCGAGCUCAGGACCCUGGUCGAACGGCACUUGUCAGAAGACUGCCUGUCGCCUGAAGCGUCUGAAAGCCUCAGAUCGAGAUUGAUGUUCGCUGAAGCGCAGCUCUUUGGCCGAAGUGCUAAACUGGCGCUUCGAGCCAUAGGUGGACGAUCCCUUAAGGGCCAGACUUGCAGACCGCUUACAGCUGACGUAAAGUUCGGAUUGACUUGGAUGCUCAGGCGCAUCGUUGAGUCCCCCCCACGGGAGGUGAGGUCGAAAGAUCAAGGCACUCUUUUUCUUUUCGUGGAUGGAGCAUGGGAACCAGUUGCUGGAUGUGACACCCGAUCAGUGACUUCGAUCGGUGCAGUCUUGCUUGACAGUGCAGGCCGUGGCAUGCGCUUUUUUGGUCAGGUCUUGCCCGAAUUUGCCACUGACGCUUGGUCGAAUGGCCGCCGGAGGAAUCUGGUUUUCGAGGCAGAGGUGUUGCCUUACUGCUUGGCCCUGACAGUUUGGGCGGACAUUUUACGAAACAGACACCUGGUGAUUUUCAUCGACAACGAUGGAGCUCGACAUAGCUGGAUCAGUGCGUGUGCAGAAUCCAAAUACGCUCAAUGGAUGCUUCAUCGGGGCGCGCUCAAAGAGGCCUGUCUGAAUACGGUCCCGUAUUUCAGUCGUGUGCCGACUUCAAGCAACCUGGCGGACGGGCCAUCUCGCAUGUUCUUUGAUCUAUGUUACAAGCUUGGCGCCACCAGAACCUUGAUAACUGAUGAGGAUCUCAGGCAAUGUGCCCUUGAAGGAUGCUUCUCUGGAUGA